AUGGGAAAAAGGAAGAGGUCUAGGUCAAAGGAAAGUGAUUAUAAUGAUAUUUUAAGAAAAAUGAAAAAAUUAGAACGCAAGUUAAAGGAAAGACGAGAACGGUCGUUAUCAGUGAGUUCAAAUUCAUCGAGUUUAAACUACCGCGAUGAAAAUUAUGAUUAUGACCGAUAUUACGAUGUUUAUCCAGAUCUUUUAGGAGAGGACCCUUCUACUAAAAAGAUUUACGGUGCAAGCUUACAUAAAGACAUUGCCCCAAGGUGGGCUCAUAUUCUUACUAAUGGUCUGACGAAAGAAUCUCAAGCGGAUCUAAUAAAACAAUAUCGGUUACCCGAAAACUGCACCAAUUUAUCAUCGCCAAAAUUGAAUCCUGAAAUAAAAGCUGCGCUCUCCGAAUUAAAUAUCAAACAAGAUCAGUAUAGCCAGGGUAAACAAAAUCAAAUUGGAAGCGGUCUCGCAGCUCUAGGACAAGCUUUAAAUUGGGUUGUCACAGCCAAAGAUAUUGUACCUCCAGAUAUUGUUAAAGCCUUAAUUGACGCCGGGAGGCUUAUCUGCGACAACCACUACAGGGAAUCGUUAUCGCGUAGAUAUGCGAUACUGAACACACUUAACAGAAACAUCAGAGAUACUGUUAAAGAUACAAAGAUUGACGAGAAUCUCUUUGGAUCCAAUUUAUCUGACCACUUGAAGUCAUCAAAAGCAAUAACGAAGACUGGCUCUGAAAUGAAGCCAGCGCCCCGCCCACCAUACAGGGCGCCAUCAGCUUUCCAGCCACAAAGAGGAGCUUUAAACUCGAGGGGGAACUCGCGCGCAGCAGCGACCGAGCCACGGACAGCGCCUGCGUCCCGCCGGCCGCCGCCUGCCCCGCAGCCGCGAGAUCGCCGCCAGCCUGCCACGCGGGGCCGUCAUCGCGCUUCCGGAUAUUCGAGACAUCAGAGGAGACAUUAAUGGAACCACAGGUACUGGUAGCAGGACGCUUAAAAUAUUUUUACGAUAAAUGGACCGAACUUACCGAUGACCAUACUAUCCUAAAUUGGGUCAAAGGUUAUACAAUACCGUUCAAAGAACGGCCUAUACAGACAAUGCAACCAAAAAAUAAUGCUUGUAAUUCUCAUUCUCAAAUGAGCAUUAUUGAUAAUUGCAUUACCGAACUUCUGACUUCUAAAUUCAUCUCACCUUGCACACCUUGUGAAGGUCAAUUUAUUUCCCCGAUUUUUACAGUGCCUAAGCCAAACGGGAAAUACAGGUUUAUAUUAAAUUU